UGUGUGUGUGUGUGUGUGUGUGUGUGUGUGUAGAGACAGAGAGGGAGGGAGAGUGUAUAUGAGAGUGAGGUUGCUCCUCAGUAGUUCCUCCUCUCAGUCUGACACCAGCAGCCUGCUUUUUCCUCCUCAACUUCAGUGAAACUCCACCAGGUUGUGACAGCCAUGUUGACGGUGUGUUUGAGGCUGCUUUUGCUUCUCCCCCUGGUUUGCUGCGUCCCAUCCCCCUCCAGACCGCCUUCCAGACUCUGCAGGCGAUGCUGCGAUCACCAGGAGUCUCCUGCAGCCGCGGCCCAAUAUCAGAUGCCAGAGGUCCGCACUGUCAUCAACAUGACCAUCCUCAAAGGUGAUAAAGGAGACAGAGGUGACAAGGGUACACCUGGCAAGCCCGGUUUAGAGGGACCUCCCGGCCACCGAGGACCCAUGGGCCCUAAAGGCACCAAAGGCCAGGUGGGUGCACCUGGAGACGCCUGCAAGAUCCCCUACUCUUCCUUCUCAGUGGGACGCCGCAAGUCCCUGCACAGCAUCGACUACUACCAGGCGCUGGUGUUCGACACGGUGUUCGUCAACCUCCACGGGCACUUCAACAUGUUCAAGGGCAAGUUCUACUGCUACGUGCCAGGGAUCUACUUCUUCAACGUUAACAUUCACACCUGGAACUUUAAGGAGACCUACCUCCACCUGAUGCACAACGACAAGGAGCAGGUGAUCCUGUACGCUCAGCCCAGUGAGAGGUCCAUCAUGCAGAGCCAGAGUGUUAUGAUGGAUCUGGCACUGAACGACGAGGUCUGGGUCCGACUCUACAAGAGGGAGAGGGAGAACGCCAUUUACAGUGACGACGUGGAUGUUUACAUCACCUUCAAUGGAUACCUGGUGGCACCUAGCAUCCAGUGAGAAUGGGACAAAGGGAAUAAUGAGAGGAGUGGCAGAAUCUCUGGCUGGGAUUACUUGAUCUUUUUGCCAUGGAUACUGCUUUAUGCUAAGACAGGAGAACUACAGAGGACAAUACAAGUGUGGUGCUUAUUGUAAAUCCCUUUCAGCCUGGAGAGGAAUUUACUGUGCUUUCUUAAAUGAGGACUGCCCUAAAAAUAUUACAAUCAAAAGGAACAAAAAAUAGAGACAGGUAGCACAGCACACAAUUAGGAAAGAAUGUUAAAUGACUUCCUUUGCACUACACUUUUGUACAAAGAAAAUCACUUUUUCCUACUUGCUGUGCUGUGCUACUUUCCUCUUGGAUCACUCCUUUCAGGGACUUUGUGUUUUAACACAAGUUGUAUCAUGUAUCAGGAAUUCUACAUCUGUGCAAUCAAUUAUGUAUCUGUGUUAUGAAUAGAGAGUUUCUGUCAGAUUAAAAUGUGUUCAGACAGACUGCUGUCACACCUCGAACAAACCUUGGUACCUUUUAGAAAAACAUCGAGCUUCAAAUGGUCAGUUCACCCAAUUUGCAAAAACACAUCGUCCCACUCACCCCUGAUGGUGUCUAACCAUACAUAUAAUCAACUGAUUUAAAUGUUAUUAACCCAUUAAAUGGCUGCUGUCAGUUGUCAUCUGUGGCAUAGAUUACCUCCUACAGUAUAUUUAUGUUUAUUGUUAGGUGGCGGCCUCUAGAAGCCUUCAUAAUAAUGAUGGGAGCAAAGGAGGAAGUAUAAAGAGCAACAAAGUCCACAUAGGGAGGAGCUCGGGGUGGGUGGAUUGGCCAGACAAACACAGGACUUUCAUCCAGGAGACUGCUGUUCAUGUACCAAGUGAAACCAGAAGUCAGUAGCUGGGUUUCCAUCCAAAUGUAUCGCAAAUUUUAAGCGAAUUUUGUGAAAAUGUGCAAAAGAAAAUGCAAAUUUA